UUGUGUCCAGAUUCUUGAUUUUAUUCAUCCCCACGUUGUUCCAUCUCAGGAGGGCUUACUUGUUCUUUGUUCUUCUUGAGCCACACCUUUAAAAUAUUCAUAAAAUAAUUAAAUAAAUACUAGAGAAUAUUUUCUGAAAUCUCCAUCUUCUAAUUCUUGCAAAAUUGCAAUGCCGUUCCAAGACGAAGCACAGGAGCAGCUGCUAGCGGCGGCGCCGCCGCUGGAUAAGUGGCACUCGGCCAGCGCGAAGAUCGAGGUGAGGGAUCUGACGAAGGUGUCGGACAAGGAUGAAGUAAUUCUGAACAAAGUCAGCGUUGACAUACCGAGGGGAGCGAUAAUGGGCGUCAUCGGGCCGAGCGGGAGCGGAAAGUCAACCUUUCUACGGGCCCUGAACCGGCUGUGGGAGCCCGCUUCCGCCACCGUGUUCCUCGACGGCGUCGACAUCUGCGAUAUCGACGUGCUCACCCUCCGCCGCAAAGUCGGCAUGCUUUUCCAGCUCCCUGUUCUCUUCCAAGGCACCGUUGCAGAUAACGUGCGUUACGGACCCGAAUUAAGUGGGAAAAAGCUAAGCGACAACGAAAUAUACAAAUUGCUCGCUCUUGCGGAUCUCGAUUCUUCUUUCUACAUAAAAUCGGGGGCAGAAUUGUCCGUCGGACAAGCUCAAAGAGUUGCUCUUGCAAGAACUUUAGCUAAUGAACCCGAGGUAUUGUUACUGGACGAGCCAACGAGCGCGUUGGAUCCGAUAUCGACUCAGAACAUAGAAGAUGUGCUUGUGAAGCUCAAGAAUGAAAUCGGUUUGACCGUUGUUAUUGUUUCUCACAGCAUCAAACAGAUACAGAGGAUUGCUGACGUGGCGUGCCUACUUGUCAACGGUGAGAUCGUCGAGAUUCUGCCACCUCAUCACCUCUCUCUGGCUAAGCAUCCCAUGGCUCAAACUUUUCUUCACCUUAGUUCUUGAUUUUUUUUUUCUUUUUCUUUCUGUGUGUGUGUUUUUAUUUAUGAAAUUAUUAAUGUUA